AUGAAGUUAAUUUUGUGCGAUGAUGGAAUUCAGUCCGAGACUAAGAUAUCACUUUUGAUUCCAUCGAGUAUCGCUUGGAUCGAUGGCAUUCUUGAACAAAUUGAAUCAAACGAUGAUUUAGUUGUCACACGUGCAGGCUUGUGGUUGGACUCAUUAUCACAUUUAGCUCAUCGAUUUUCUGAUAUUGUCCUUUCACUAACGAUGAUACAUUUGAAUAAUCGGCUGAGUCGUGAUUUGCCGAUAACUAAUCAAUAUAAAUUAUUUUUAAAACAACUUUGCGAACCAAACCCUACAAAAUGUAUGUUUACGGCUAAACAACAUUUCUAUUCGUAA